CCCGCCAAGUGUGGCAGACUACCUAAAAUGUACAUAAUCUAGGUAACAUCCAUAUCGGUAUUGUGAGGCUCCUUCAGCCGGUCUGCGUGGCUUGUCUUCUGCAAUAAUUAAACACGACUAUCGAGAUCUCCAAGCAACCUUCAAGCUGCAUUAUAGAAGCUCCAAGAUUUCCUACGACCAAUACUGAGUGUAGAGAAAAUAGAGAUUGGCGAUUCAAUACGUUGGACAAUAAUUAAUUGAACCCGGUAUACUCGUCUCUUCACAAUGGCCACCACCGUCGCUACACGCGGUCAACCACCGAAAACUGGCGGCAAGACAGCUCCAAUUCCACCAAAUCAGACGCUCUACGUUACAAAUCUACCUUCGAAUAAGAUCAACAAGACAGAUCUGAAGACGGCGCUCUACAUGCUAUUCUCGACCUACGGCCCUGUGCUUGACAUUGUGACUCUGAAAACCAUAAAAAUGCGCGGGCAGUCUCACAUCGUCUUUCGAGAUGUGCAGGCAGCGACUCAAGCAUUAAGGUCCUUACAGGGUUUCAAAUUCUUGGGACUGGAACUUCGGAUCGAGUAUGCGAAGUCCAAAUCGGAUAUCAUCGCGAAAUUAGACGGUACAUACAAGCUUCCGGGAUCAACCGCCGCCAAUAUCGAGAUGACGGAAGCCCAGCAGAACAUCUUCAAUGCUCCGGCACCUGGCACUGCUGCCACCAGCACACCUGCAGCAGCCGCCACCCCUCAUGGUCUUCCUACGAAGCCUCCUCAGAGCUCCGACCAUGCGAUGACAGAUGCAAACGGUCCUGAUGCUCGCGGACAAAAACGAACUCGCGACGAAGAGGAGGAAGAAGAUAGCGACGAAGAUGUGGCGAUGGAGGAGGAUAGCGAUGAUGAAUGAAGAGAAAACUUGCUAGUACCAAGCUCGCUGAAAGACCGCAUUCAGGAUAAAGCCUCUCUCUCAAUUUCAUCGGUUGUCGGGCUGUAGGGUAUGGCUCGUUCCCUUACUAUAUGGGCACCUGGAGCCUUAGCCGGCAUUGACAGCAGCCAUCUGUUGAGGGACCCAAAGUCCAACACACCCUCCCACCAGACCAAGCCAUACCAUGAGAUAGUCUUGCUUUGCGCAGUCAAACCCAGCCAUGGCGUCUCCGAUGGCACACGGGUGAACGAAAAACGAAGGGAGUCCGGUAAUAGGGUGGUGCUGUAGACGC